AUGGAUUCUGAAUCUACACCGAUUGUCAAUAACACAAAGGAGGAACCCGAAAAACUCCUUCUCUUUCUCAACGAGGACUCCGAUCCAGCUAUCCCGGUGAACAUUGACGAGGCACGGAAAGCCUACAAGCUCCUACUGGAACGUCCUCCAAAGAGUUUCGACAUAGAGACCACCCUCUCUCGUCACAUCAAGCGCCUCCUGAUUGUUGUGCUGAGGAAAUUCUUCCGCUCUCCCUACUCACAUCUCCCGCCAUCCUCUUCCUCCCAUGCUUCUGCCGUGUUAACCCCUGAUCCCUACAUAGCCCAACUGGAGGUAUUGAACCCACCCCCUGGAAAAGAAUCGGAUAGAGUCCAGCAGCGAGUGGUCAAUCUAUUUGCAACGUUGUAUGCCUGUCCACUCAUUACUGACCCCCUGCACUUUGAGCUGACAGUGGCUUUGCCAAUGGCAACGCAGGCGCGUCUUUGUCGUACUUGGGCACAGUAUGCAACCCCUCAACGCAGCGAAUCCGACAGGAAAGCUACGGCCACAUCAGAGGGAGGCUACUGGCUUCUAGAUCUACAUCGCAUUCUUAUGCAGCAGAUUACCCUUUGUUGUCUCACUCUUGAACCACCUUCAAAUAACGCCUCCAGUGAUUUGGAAGACACGCCGACUCCGAAUGAUGACAGGGUAAUUUGUGAUGUCUCCCGGGUGGUACGUAUUGUCUUUUAUGCAUCCCUCCUGGCUGGUGGUUGCGAUCCGCCGGAACAACUUAAAAGAGAGGCAGCUGAGGCAGAGGAGAUUUUAGCAGAAACUUCAGCUGCAGCCGCCACUUCGUCGUCUUUCUCUUUCAGGUCUGAAAGAACCGCUCUACGCAAGGAUCCCAUUGGCACUAUUCUCGAGAUUUCUCCAAAUGACUGUCGUCAUCCUCUUAUUCCACUAAAGGAAUUUCUCAAUGAAACGCUGAAUGAUUCUAUUGUGGUGGAGAAGGAUUUUGCCAACUUCCGCUCAAAGCGCUCCUCCUCUUCUUCUACUGGUUGGCCAGAGAAGCUCUCUUUCAUGGAACUGCCCUUCAUGCUUCAGACCACCACUAAAAUCAUCCAGCUGCAUUAUGACAAUAGGCUGAAUAUGCUUCAAGAGCGACGAGGCGCCAUCUUUCAUGCCCUAUUUUCCACCUCCAAUUCGGAUGCAGCCCUCGAAAUGCCCUACUUCAAAAUUUGUGUCAAUCGGGAACGUGUGGUGGAAGAUGCACUCAUUGCCUGUAAGUAUUACUGCACUGGUCUCGGUGGAACUGAGUAA